CUCCAUGAAUUGGUUGCAGAUGCGACUGCGGUUUCCCCAUGCUUUCCCGGCGUGCAAGGCAGAAACGCACCGUUUCUAAUCAUUCACUCCCUCUCCCGUUCUCUGUCUCUCUCUCUUAUUUAAUGGAGGGAAGAGAUCGGAGCUAAGCUUUCUGUAGCCCUGCGGCAGCUUGGCCUGUCUAUCUGUCAUUUCUCCGAGGUUCUCUUUUGCAUGCAUGGAAAUUCCUAAUGCUCACAGCCAGGCAAUGGCUAGGCAUCAUGUGGAUGGACUACUAGUGUGCCCCAAGAACCAACUGGAACAGGAAAGAAGACCGAGGCCUCACCCAGAGCAGGCUCUCAAAUGCCCCAGAUGUGCUUCUACCAACACCAAGUUCUGCUACUACAACAACUACAGCCUCUCCCAGCCAAGGUACUUCUGCAAGGGUUGCAGGAGGUACUGGACUCAGGGAGGCUCUCUCAGGAAUGUCCCAGUUGGAGGUGGCUGCAGGAAGAACAAGAGAUCCUCCUCUUCCUUCCCUUCAAAGAUGACACAAGACCUAGAUCUCACUGCCACCAGCUCCAUUAAUCCACUUCCCCCUACCUUCGUUCCUCCUCCACUUGCCAGUGAUCUCACCUUGGCCUUUUCUGGCCUCCACAAGGAACCACCCACCGAGCAUCUGGGACUGGAAAACCAUUGCCAAAGCUUUCUUCUUGAGCAUGCCAGCACCGAGUCUCUCCUCACGACCCUCUCAACAAACAAUGGCUUUCUUGACACUCUAAGGAGUGGCUCUGUGGAUGCCCUAAACCCAAGUGGUCUAAACAACCCUUACUAUGGUUUUGGUGUCCAUGGCAGUGUGGAGGUGAAGGUUGGUGUUAGUGUGGAAGAUAGACUUAUGUUUCCUGUGGGAGGACCGGGAGAUGCAGCAGCUAGGACUGUAACUGGCCAAGGUUCAUGGAAGGACAUGGAUGAAGGGGAGGCCAAAGUGCUGAUGGGCCUCCCAUGGCAGGUGGAAGGAGAUGGGAACAUGGCUGUGGAUUCUGGAAGAGACUGGACUGGUGGUGCUUCUUCUUGGCCUGGACUUAUGGGCAGCUCCUUGAUUUCAGCAGCAAGAACAGAUAUGUCCUCCACCAUUGGAGAUGCCUAUGCCUUCUUCUGAAAACCCUAUCAUAUCCUCGCUUCUUUCAUUGUACUAUUCUCUGUUUUUUCUUCUGUUCUCUAUAUAUUGUGGGAGUGAUGGUUUAGUAACUACACAGACUUAAUCUAUAUAUAUGGUUUGUAUGAAUGGAUUGAAACCUAGAAUUUUUAUUGA